UAUAUAUUAGUAUAGAUUUUUAUAUCUACUUCAUUUUUUGUUUAGUAAAAGUGUAGAAUUUCAGAUUAUCAGAAAACCGAACUCCAUAUGGUACUGAAAUUUGAAAAAAAAAACGAUAUAAUUAAAAUAGCUUAAACAUGCAUUGAAGCAUCAAUCUCCCACACUCGACGCAAAUAAGGCAACGAUAAAAAUAUUGCUUUCGUCUCCAUUCAUCCUUUGAGGCAACAUUAAAAAAGGAGUUCAAAAGGUCUUUCAUAUUUUUGUAUGUCAUUAAAAACACAGGCAUCUGCAUCAGAGCGCGGCCAUAACGAGGCCGCAAUGCAUUUUGUUUGCUCCCUCCCGAUUUUAUUAAAAAUCAAAUGGUAUUAAAUUGUGUCGGUGCAUGGCGCGGCGCGCAUGCGCGGGCCCUGGCUCGAGACUCCAAUUAGCAGCGCGCCUCGCAUCUCGCCAGUCGCCAGUCGUCGCUCGUCGCCAGCCCCGCGCGGUCGCUCCCGGUGUCUCUCCCACCGCUCCCAGUAAUAUUAUCCCGUGUUGUGUUCACACUUCACGCGCGAGAUUUCACUUCGUUCCGUUCAUCUCUGUGUGGUGAGUGAUAAUAUUUCGUUCCGCUUCGUUUCGAGAUUUCGAAUUUGGAAUUGGCACAAUGUCGCCGAUUAGACUGCCAUCAGUCCUAGUCAAAUGACAAUAACUAGAAUAAAGUAACUACUACGAUUUAAUAAGCGGAGAGAACAGCUCGGGAUCAGACAUAAGGAUGCAUAGUUGUCAGAUUGUGACGUCUGUCGAGUUGACACAAACGUCUGCCAGCGCAAUGUCGGGAGCGCUCAUGAGACAGUCGUGUCACCGCUUGCUGGAACAUCAACACCCGGGGGAGGAGGAGCCCCCACUGUACUCGCCCAUCGACCAAAUUUCAGUGGUACCAGACCAUGUGGGCCGGGAGGCCGGGGGCAAGCUGACACGAUAUGCGCCGCCGGAGGAGGAUGAGGGCACUCUCAGGGAGCUUCUACUUAGCCUACAGCGACAGGUGAGCAUAAUGAGCAUGAAUCUAUCAGCCAAGCUGGACGACCUGCAACGCGGAGACCGGCAACUGGAGACGACGGUCGCCCUCUGCGAGAUACGCACGCAGCUGCAGGAGCUGACGAAAAGCGUCGAGUCAUGCCAAAGCGAGGUCUCUGAGGUGAAACGUGACAUGGUCGCCAUCAAGCAAGAGUUGGACACCGUUCAGCAGGUGAAGGAAGAAAUCGAAGAGUUACGCGAAUACGUCGACCGACUGGAGGAGCACUCGCAGCGACGCAAGCUGCGCCUGUUGGAGCAGGGCCUAACGUUCUUCCUGUCGUACGCCAUUCUAGCGGCCGUACUCGGGAUGCUGCAGUUUGGCUACAAUACUGGCGUCAUCAACGCUCCGGGCAAGAACAUCGCGAAUUUCAUGAAGGAUGUAUACAAGAAUCGAUACGGAAUGGAUCUGCAAGACGACACGGUGAACCGACUGUACUCCAUCGCUGUCAGCAUCUUCGCUAUCGGCGGUAUGCUGGGCGGCUUCUCGGGUGGAAUGAUCGCCAACCGCUUCGGAAGGAAAGGCGGGCUGCUUCUCAACAACAUCCUCGGCAUCUCGGGCGCCAGUCUGAUGGGCUUCACCAAGAUCUCCCACUGCUACGAGCUUCUUAUCUUCGGCAGGUUCAUUAUAGGCGUCAAUUGCGGACUGAACACGUCACUAGUGCCAAUGUACAUAUCGGAGAUCGCGCCGCUGAACCUGCGCGGCGGGCUCGGCACCGUCAACCAGCUGGCCGUCACCGUGGGGCUGCUCCUCUCCCAGGUCCUGGGCAUCGAACAGAUCCUCGGCACUGACGAGGGAUGGCCUAUCCUACUCGGGCUGGCGAUCUGCCCGGCGAUCCUGCAGCUGUUGCUGCUGCCGGCGUGCCCCGAGUCACCUCGCUACCUGCUCAUCACACGCCAAUGGGAGGAGGAGGCGCGCCGAGCGCUGCGGAGACUAAGAGCCAGCAACCAGGUGGAGGAAGACAUAGAGGAGAUGCGGGCGGAGGAGCGCGCGCAGCAGGCGGAGGCUUCGAUAUCAAUGCGCGAGUUGCUGUGCUCGCCGACGCUGCGGGCGCCGCUGCUCAUCGGCGUGGUCAUGCAACUGUCGCAGCAACUCAGCGGCAUCAACGCGGUGUUCUACUACUCCACUUCGCUGUUCACUUCAUCUGGUCUGACGGACGAGUCGGCAAAGUUCGCGACGAUGGGCAUCGGGGCCAUCAUGGUGGGAAUGACGCUCGUCUCGCUGCCCCUCAUGGACCGCACCGGGCGGCGGACGCUGCACCUCUACGGCCUCGGCGGGAUGUUCAUCUUCUCCAUAUUCAUCACCAUUUCAUUCCUCAUAAAGGAGUUCUUCGGCUAUGUGCAGGAGAUGAUCGACUGGAUGAGCUACCUGUCGGUGGUGUCGACGCUCAGCUUCGUGGUGUUCUUCGCGGUGGGCCCCGGCUCCAUCCCCUGGCUCAUCACGGCCGAGCUGUUCUCGCAGGGCCCGCGCCCCAGCGCCAUGGCUAUCGCCGUAUUAGUUAAUUGGAUGGCCAAUUUCGUUGUCGGAAUUGGCUUUCCUAGCAUGAAGGCACUACUGGAAAACUAUACAUUCCUGCCUUUUAGUGUAUUCCUUGCAAUUUUUUGGAUAUUUACGUAUAAAAAAGUUCCUGAAACAAAAAAUAAGACCUUUGAAGAGAUUUUGGCAUUGUUCCGGAAUUCGAACGGAAGGGACAGUUUUCGUGACAGCCGCCUGUACGGCAGCAUGCUGAACUGCGUGAACGCGCUGGAGCAGCAGCUGCCGCCGCCGCCGCCGCCCGCGCCCGCCGACGAGAAACACGACUCGCUAUCGGAGCAGUCGUCGGCUGGGGCGGAGGCGACGCGCGCGCCCCCCCUGCCCCCGCCCCGCUUCCCUGCCCCCGGCAACGUCUGACGCUGGGGGCGCGCAGCGCGGGCGCCCCUGAAGGCCGCCGCCAACUUCUUGUGUCAUGGGCUCCGUGCCACCUACACUACCACACAACAAAUGUUCUAAAUCGAUGUGAUUAGCUAUAAACGAAACUAGUCUAUAAGUCACGGCGUAAAUUUAAACAUACAUAGUUCUUUAGUCAACAUUUUAUGGCAUAAUUUAUGAAAAAAAAAAUGCAUAAGUACCCUGUAUGGUGCCGAGGUUUGCUGUACCCAUUUCAAUUUGACCUAUUGAAUAUAUGCGUUCAACCAAGAAAACAAGUCUAUACCGCAAUCAUCAGCUCUUUUCAAAUCGCUUGGAUACAUGGAAGUUGCCAGACUAAGUCGACAGUUUACACUUGUAAUAAUGGUUCCCGUGUUCGGGACCAGAUCACUUAUAAAUGCACCUAGAUUUGGUCGCGUGUGCGGGUCUCCUCACAGCCACCUCCGGAACACUUAAAAUGGGUACGCAGCCCGCACUAGUACUGACGCGGCUGACGUCACACACACGUGCUGUGACUCUAUUGUAUUGUUGAGUUUAAUAUAUUUUAAGAUAUUACGUUUGCACGGUUAUCAGUUUACAAAAGUUCUGUUUGUGAAUCAUAAUGAUUGUUACAUAGAUACAUUAUUGUGAUGUCGUAUCCACGCGAGCGCCGCUGCGCGCUGGGCCGCUUGCCCACCGCUGGACAGACAGCUUCGUUGAUCAGAUGCAACAGUUUGCAUUCGGGAAUUGAUUACAAUAUAUGUGGAGAGUAUAUCUAUACAGUGAAUAGCAAAACAUAAUCGCGUUACAUACGUUCUGUUGUCUUAUAUAUAUUAUAUGUUGAAUUAUUUCCUAGACUAAGAGAUGAUAAGAAACUAAAUUAUUAUCUUUUUAAUUGAAGAAUUAAAAAAAAAAUGAAUAGCAUUAUAGUAAGUUAUACAAUUUUGUGGAGACUUUAAUAAAGUAAUGCUUUUAUCUUAUAUGCCCCUAGAAAGAGAAAAAAAAUUAAUAACUUGUUAAUUAGGUUCCGUAGUUACUACAGGGUUAUAGUCAAUUUGUGCGUCCGUGCGUCCGUAUACUGCUCAAUUCAAUAUAUUAAGAGUAAGAGAUCUGUAGUGUGACGUGAUUGGUGCAGUCGGCACGGCCUAAUGUUUGUGUGCGAGGAGAUCUCACAUUGACUGCAAUCAUAAAACGCAAUAAUUGGCUCAAAUGAUAGUCAUCCUGUGUGUGGGGCCGCGCGAGGCCGGCGCGGGCCGGGGCCGCAGGGCCCGAGGCCGACUUAAUUCUAAAUUAAUUAUAAGACUAAAAUAUUUUCCCAAUAAAUAAUAAUUAAUAAUAAUAACAAUUUAUAAUUGUACAAUUUGCAAGUUUGAUUUUUAAUUUAUAUCUAAGCAAUAAGUAGUUGAAAUGUAAUUUUUAAUUGGUGUAACAUUGGACGUUUUUGUAUGUAAUGAGGACACAGUCGAUGUUUUGUAAGUUAUAUUUUUAUGGAGGAUUGUUGUUGUUUCGUGAGCCGGGCGCCACACGAUGAGAUCGGAGCGCCCGGCGCCCCGGCGCAGGCCAGGCGCUCGUCGACUCGCUAAUUAUUUUAGAUAGCAAUAGAGACUGUGUCUCGAAAUCUAAAUAGUAUAAAUAAUUAGAGUAAUGCAACGUUUAUUGUUUAUUCCGAUAUUUCGGUGUUAUUAUAGUUUUACGGUCGAAAGCCCGAAGAUUAUUUUAAAUUCGCGCAAAAUUUGCACAAUUGUAAUCCUAUUUACGCACAACACGUUUUGUUUACACGACACGCGAGCACAACAGCGGCCUGCGCGCGUACCUAGCGUGCCUGGCAUGCGUAGCGUGCGCGCAGUGUCCCGCGCGCGUGUCUAACCCAUUCCUUGGUUGUAACACCCGCCGUGUAUAGUUUAUCCUGUUAACAAUGCCGUGUCACACUAGACUGAGAUAUAUAAAAGGGACGUAAAAUUAUUUUACGAUUGAAAUAAUAAAAGUCAAUAAAUAAUAAAAGAUUCAAUAAUUAUACUUAAAUGUAACAUAAUUCGUGUUAUAUAUGUAACGUUUCGGGUCAGUGUGCGUCUUGAUAUUUUACUUACAACUCUGAAGGCUGUGAUCACGUAUGUGUAGUGUGUAUACGCACACACGCAUGCUACCACUGUAUCAUUAGGUAGGUCACCGUACUAACUGGUUAACAUAAUCAUUUUCCGUUCAUCUUCGGGCGAGCGAUAGGGUGUAACUUGUAAAUAUAUUAAUGUAAGUACAAAUUGUACAAGAUUCAGUCGAGCCAAUGCCGCGACAGCGACCCGCUUACCGAGACAUCGUCUAAAGUGUUGUUGAAUUUACAAAUAUUAAUAGCUAUCGAUUUUGUUAUAAUAAUACAUUGUUGAUAAGAUAUAUACAUAAUAUAUUAGUCAAAUUAUAAAAAGAAGAUAUAUACGUUACUGUUUUGAAUGGGGUAUUUGACUAAAUCUAAUAAUAUAAAUAUGUUUAGUCCGUCAGACAGAUUCCCAAAAAAUAUUGAAAACGUAUUUUUCAAUUUAUCACAUCAUUAAAUAGUAAAGAAGAUUAAAGGAACUUAACGUGAUGAGAUGUAUAUGAGUGGGGACCUCACUUGCUGGUGAAAAGGGUACUGGUAAGUGACGUCACACGAGAUUUUAAAUCACUGUGUACCCCCCAAUUUUUGUUUACGAGAUAAAAUUAAAAAUACGUUUUUAAUAUUUUUUGGACAUCUGUAUGAUAGAUUAAACAGUUCUUUGUCAGAUACUCUAUUGUUUAAUUGUGCAAGGUGAGUCUAGACAUUGUUUCGUUAAGCAUUGGAUCGAUUGAACUUAGGAGCCCCCGCGAUCACGACCGGCCUCUGCGAGAGACACGCUGACACUGCUAUUGACAGGGGGGACAUACAAGAUUAUUCCACAACCAUAGCAACCGGGGUUGCCAGGUCGAAAAACCUUAAAUCCGAACAGACAGUUCGGCCGGACAUUUGGGCUUAAAAACCGGAUAUUAUAUUAGACAAAACAAAUAGUUUAUAAAAUCAAGUCUUUUUAUUUUCAUUAUAAAUCUUUUUAAUUUCUAAUGAAGUACAAGUAAAAUCUAAGGCCAAGUCAGACAAAAUAAAAAAAGCCGAACACAGAUUAUUUUUACAUUACAAUCAAUCGAAACUCCUUAAUAUGUCCGACUCUAUCAGUUCUGGCCUGGCAACCCUAAUUGCAACGUAAAAUCUGCUAUAACUUAUAAUAGAGAUAAAGACUGUGGCAUGCCUGUUAUCUAAUCACUAAUUAAACUAGCAUGUAACAGUACGUUUAAUUUAUCUCCCGAUGAUUUCGAUCCCAACAAUACAUUUUGAAAUAACUUUGUAUACGAUACUGCACAACUGACAUGACAGUCGGAAAGUUGAAUAUUAUAAGUUGUUAGACACACCCCUGUCUUAUGUCCCUAUGUUAACAUCCUUCGCAAAGAAAUAGACGAUUUCGAAGAAAUUUCAAAUAGUUCCAUUCUUAAUUUAGCCAAUUAAGGAUGAAACUAUGAAAUUUAAUUUUUUCAUCCCAUUUAUUCGUCCUACCGUAUACUAAUGCAUAAAUUAAAUGCCAAUUUUUUGCGGAUGGGAAAAAAAUUUGCAGAUUCCUUUUUGUUUUAAGUUCUUUACGUCUAUGCACUGGCGAAGUUUACACAUAUUUGCGAUAACAAUGGGGUCUGUCGAAACGCAUGUUUCUUUGAUAAAAGCACGUUUGUAUUCAACACGAUUCACGAAGUACAAGGAACUGAAAUAGUUAACACUGGAAUUGAUUUACUAUAGCUUUAUUUAAGGCAAACGUUAUUGUUUACGAGGUAAAUGCAUAUUGAAAACGAAUGCAUGUUUCGCAACUGAACGGGAUCGUGUUGCCGGACUUUUCACUUCGACUGUUGAUACUUAACUGUUGUGCAGAUAUCGAAAACUGUUGUUAUAUUGUAUGUGGAGUUUUGUUGCCUAUGUGAUAGCGAAAGCCGUUUUCUGUAGAGGCUAUAUUCCUUGGCCCGCGGACUAGUUACAAUUGUACAACGGUUCUGGACCCCAAUUCUGCUAUUU